AUGGUUAAAUUAACACCAGAUUUAAUUCAACAAUCGAUGCAGUAUAUUAAUCCUGUAAUGGAUCGGGAAUUAGAUCUGAGAGGGUACAAGAUACCUACGAUAGAAAAUUUGGGCGCUACUUUGGACCAGUUUGACACCAUUGAUUUUUCUGACAAUGAUAUAAGAAAAUUAGAUGGUUUUCCUUUGUUAAAACGAAUCAAAACCCUCUUCUUUAAUAAUAAUCGUAUUGUCAGAAUUGGCGAGGGAUUAGAACAUUGUAUACCAAACUUGGAAACUCUUAUGCUAACUGGAAAUAUGAUUCAAGAGCUUAGUGACUUGGAACCACUGACACAAUUGAAAAAUUUAACAAACCUUUGUUUACUCCAAAAUCCAGUUUCUGCAAAGCCUCAGUAUAGACAAUAUGUUGUAUAUAGAUUUCCACAGUUGAGGCUUCUAGAUUUUAGGAAAAUUAAGAUGAAGGAACGUGAUGCUGCAAUUGCUUAUGUUAGAAGUAAAAGGGGAAAAGAAAUGGUUCAUGAGAUAGCUAAGAAAGUAAAAACACAAAGUUCUGGCUUAUCUCCAGAUAAACCACUAACAACUCCAGAGGAACGUAACAAAAUUAGAGAAGCCAUUACAAAUGCUUCUUCUCUGGAAGAAGUACAGCGUCUUAGCAAAUUGUUGCAAGCAGGACAUAUGCCCAGUGAAGAAAGAUUACAAAACGGAAACACAAUACCUGAAGCUAUGGAAGAAGAGGAUGAUUAAAUUUUUCAUACAUCAUUGUCAGACUUUACUUAAACAA